UGAAAGAGACCGUUGAUAGGCAUAUUGUGUUAGUUGAGCCAAUUUUCCGGUCAGAAUUUUCAUGUGUUUGUUUUCACAACAUUUAAAAACUAACUAAUAAAUCUAAAUCAAAAAAUCCUAUUUCUGCAUCUAAGCUCAACUGAAUCCAGCAUCCGAUAAAGUGUACAGAACAACAACAACACAACCACUAUAGUGGCGAAGACAGUGCAGGCCGUCCGAUCCGAUUGAUACCGAAUGGUUGUCGAGUAACAUCAACCAAAAAUAACAGCAGUAGGAAUUGUCGACGUGUAAGUAACGACCAAAAUGCCUCGCACAAAGCAGAGACGAGCAGGCCGUGGCAACGGCACCGAUAUCGAGGAAGUCAUACGUAACUGCAACAGGCUCAUCCAGCUCAAAAUCCACCAGCUUGAAGUGGAGCAUAAAAGCAGGCAGGAAAAAUUCGACAUGAUGAUCGAAAUGGCCUUGAACCGCUUUCCCACUGAAAUCCAAACCAUGACACUGGAUGAACUUAUGACAUUCGAGCCAAGUCCUCAAAAGGAGAACCUGCAUCCUAAGACGCCGGGAACGGUGGCUAAGUCCUCCAGCCGAUUGCCCAAGAGCACUGUCAAGCGCAACGGUACAAAGCGCACGACGGUGACCUCCGACGAUGGUUACCAGAGCGAGCCAAUGACCAAUGGCCAAUCCAAGCUUGGGCCUUCCGAGGCCAAGAAGCAGCGCAGGUCGAGGAGUACUCAGUCCCGAGAUAAGCUGACGAAGCCUUCCAUCCGUACACCGUCUCAGAGUAAAAGGCAACUGGACAUGCUAAAGACGCCCCAGAACAAGCCGACCAACAGCUUUACUAUUACUCCGAAAAUUAAGUUCAACUCGGCCGUCAACGUGCUACGACGGCCCAAGAAUGGCGAGAUGGUAUUCAGUACCCAGGGCAGUCCACUCCUCGUCUCUACGACUGUUAGCGAGAGAACGGCCAACGUCAAUGUGCCACUACGAAACGGUGAUAUUGUGUCUCUGCUGCCGUUCAAUGCUUCUCUCUCGGAGAAUCUCGUAUUGGACGAGGAAACCAGACAUCAGCUGAAAGUAUUAAAGAGCCACUUAGAGAAGGUGAUCAACGAAUAGGCGACUAUUUUUUUAUUUAUCUUUGUGUUGAUAUGAUUUACUAUGGUUAAUUUAGGUGAUCUUAUAGAAAAUGUAAGUAGCAAUUGUUAAAUUAACGCGCCAUGUAAGUUACGUCGUUUGUCUUAAUUUUUUACUAUUUUUCAACCUCUCAUUUUAUAACUUGUAUUAGUCUUCGAGAAAGUGAAAACUUUCGAAUUGUCACUUUUUGUAUUCAAAAGAUAUCUAAAUAAUCGAUAAUAAACUCAACUUUUUUACCAAAA